GGCGGAUAAGGUGAAGAUCGUGAGCUGCAACAGCAAGAGGCCUGGGGAGGCUUGAGAUUGCUUUCCCCUCUGGCUGGGCUUGUUUGGCUACGACACGCUUGCGUCGAAUCUUUAGAGAUGGCGUUAUCUCAUUCUUUGUGCAUUUAUGUUGCUGCAGAUAAUGUUUGUUUUGUGGGUUUUAGCAGGAUUCUGGGUUUGUCUUGCUGGGUUUGGGCUGGGCGUUUUAUGCGGGGAGGAAGUUUGCGUCCGUUGCAUUUGAGGAGGGAGGAUAGAGUGGGCUCUCCCCUUCUCUGAUUUUCAGAAGUGAAAGGAGAAUGUUAAAGCACCCCCAGCUGGC